AUGAAAUUUCAGCUACUUGCUAUUCUGGCUGCGGCCACUACUACUAUUGCCUCAGGCAAUCCCUGUGCUGGUCAGACGGAUUGCCCUGAUGGAAACGCGUUUCUCGAUAUGAUCGACUACGGCCUCCAAGCAAACGGCCGCCCGCGCAGUAUCCGCUUCCGAGACCGCUGGGGCUGCCGCGCUAUUCCAACCGGUAGCUCAGAUUGCGUCUCUAUGUGGAUUAAUAACCGCCGCGCCCUUGCAUGCUUUGACACACGAGGCUACCACGCGUCCUUGCAGUACCCCGACAACAACGUCAAGCUUUGCUACAAUGUCAAUGUGGAAGGGGCUCCAGAGUGCACUGGGGAGAUCUGGUCUGUUGGAAAUGAGAUUCCUUGCAACUAAGAUAAUCUGUACAAUAUGUGUAUAGAUAUUUGGAGUUGGUGGAGUUGCUUGUAUAUUUGGUUCUUUGAUCCGGUGUUGUGGCAGUUUAGUGUAUCUUCUGUAAAUAAUGUU